AUGAGUGUAAGCAAUAACAAUCACCACCACCGCAACAGCAACAGCAGCAGCAAUAGUAACAAUAAUCCGCACAUCAACAACGACGAACCGGAUGGUCGAAUAGGAGAAUGGAAUCCGGUCGUCGUGGCGGCGGCGGCGGCCGGUGCCGCAGGAUCGGCCCCAAUGGCUGGUGGUAAUGGUGCCGGCGCCGGCGGUGGCGGGAGCCACGACAACGGUGCUCCCGUCGUCCCCGGCAAUAACAAUGCGGCGAACAACAAUGGCAACAACGCGGAAGAGUUUGACCGGUUUAGCUUUGAAGACUCGGAUCGCUUCGAGGAAGAUUCACUGUGCAGCUGGAGUUCCGAGCCGGAAAGUGUGUGCAACAACUGGCGAGGAUGGAAGAAGCCGACUGGCACGUCGAACACGUUCGGGUUCAACACCAUGCGCCGCUCGAGCGAUGGGGAGCUUUCCUCCCUGACGGAGCUGGCCGCCCGGUGCGUCGCAACCUACAUUCCGUUCGAGCUGGUCGAAGAACUGUACCCGCCGGUUCCGGAGCAGAUGCAGCUGCGGAUCGCUUUCUGGAGCUUUCCGGACAACGAGGAAGACAUUCGGUUAUACUCGUGCCUCGCGAACAGCUCGGCGGACGAGUUUCACCGAGGUGAACAGCUGUUCAAGAACCGCGCCGUCAAGGAGCCGCUGCAGAUCGGCUUCCACCUGUCGGCGACGGUUGUACAGACGCAGCCUCGUAACCAGCACAACGUGGCGGUUACGUUCGAUCGGCGACGAAUAUCGUCCUGCAGUUGCACCUGUCUCCCGACCGCUUACUGGUGCUCGCACGUCGUCGCCGUGUGUCUCUAUCGUAUCCAUUGGCCCACCAAAGUAAGCCUCCGUGCACCGGUAUCGGAGUCACUGUUGCGGCUGCAGCGCGAUCAGCUGCAAAAGUUUGCCCAGUAUUUGAUCAGCGAGCUCUCGCAGCAGAUUCUCCCGAUCGCCCAGCGCAUUCUCGACGAGCUGCUGAGCACCCAGCCGACCACAAUCAACACGGUGUGCGGUGCGCCCGAUCCGACGGCGGGCGCUUCGGUGAACGACCAAACGAACUGGUAUCUGGACGAGAAGACGCUGCACGACAAUAUUAAGAAGAUACUGAUCAAGUUCUGCCUGCCGACGCCGAUGGUGUUCAGCGAUGUGAACUAUCUGACCAACUCGGCACCGCCCGCCGCGGCCGAAUGGAGCUCGCUGCUGCGCCCGUUGCGAGGCCGCGAGCCGGAGGGCAUGUGGAAUCUGCUGUCGAUCGUGCGCGAAAUGUACCGACGGUGCGAUCGAAACGCGAUCCGUCUGCUGGAGAUCAUCACCGAGGAGGUGAUGGCCUGCGACCAGAUACUGGUGUGGUGGUUCAACAUCAAACUGGCCCUGCUCGUCGGCUCCAACGGUCACGGCGGUGGCGGAGGCGGAGGUGGUGGUGGCAAGCACGGUAACACGCACAGCAACUCGAACGCGACCCAGCACGCCUGUGCGUCGCUGUGCGACGAGAUUGUGGUGCUCUGGCGGUUGGCUGCCCUCAAUCCGGGCCUGGCGCCGGACGAGCGCGACAUGCUGCACGCACAGUUCACCAGCUGGCACCUGAAGAUCAUCGACCGGGUCACGAAGAAUAUGGUGGCAUCGUCGUCGCAUAGCAGCAAGCAGCAGCAGAAUAUGCGCAACGAUACGGAGCUGUUCGCCGGCUUCAAGCCGGCCAUCGAGGCGUGCUACCUCGACUGGGAGGACUAUCCGAUCGAGGGCGUGACGCACACACAGGACACCAACCCGAUGUACCACUGUCCGUUCACGUGCUUCAAGCAGAACAUUGAAUCGAAGUCCGAUACGGCCGGCCCGGGCCAGGUGAAUGCUAGCCAAGCGGUGCUGCACAGCAACGUGAAGGCGUUCCAACUGAUGCCCCAUCACCACCACCAUCAUCACGGUCACAGUUUCCACGGUCACUAUCACCAUCAACAGCAGCAGCAGCAGCAACAACAACAUCAACACGGUUUGCUGCGCGCAACGGGCGCCAAUAGCCAUCAAUAUUCGGCUUCGGCAAUCAACAGCUCCUCCUUGCUGGGGCGCAACGUGGCUGGUGCGUUGGCCAGUGCUGCUGACACAAGCGUUGCCGGCGGCAGUAGCGACCACAGUCACCAUCACCCAGCGGCUUACCAACCGCUGUCCGUUUCUGGAACGAGUAGUUUCAUUGUUAGCGACAAGUCAACCAACUCGGCUGAUAUGAUGGCUUUGGCAAAGCUGGGCGUCUCCGUAAGUUCGAAGCCGACGGGUGCCACUGGUGACCGUGGUCCGGUUGCUGGUGGAUCCGGUGGCAGCAGCGGCGGAGAUCGUGACAUUUGCACCAAGAACCAGCAUCGGCGUACGCACCGCGACCGAGCGUAUGGAUCGUUCAGCAAGAGCACCAAUAGCAGCAGCGACAGUGUCCCGGACCGUUUGGUGCACCAGCAGCAGGUAGCUGGCGCGGUCGGUGGAACUAGCGUAGGGCAAAGCGGAUCGAUGAGCACACCUUCCGGCACAUCUGCUGGUGGCGCUGCUUCAGAGAGUAAAACAGUGGCUGCUAGCGAUGCGACGGGCUGCGGCACCGGUAACCGAUCGAGCGUCAGUAGCGAAGGGUUCUGCGAGAACGAAGACGAUCUGCCGGCCGACACGAAUCGCUUACCGAGUGCUGAACUCACCAAAAAGCCCGCCGCUGCUGGAGCCGGUGGUGACGACAGUGUCGAGGAGGAAGCGUCGACGGCAGGGGCGCCCGAAGGCACCGAAGGCCCACCGGCCACGCUACUGAGUGUGAGCAACUCGUCGACCAGUUCGGCGUCCUCUUCGUCGUCCAGCUCGGCAACCGAUGCGCUGCCGAAGAAGACGGCGUCCGGUAGUGGGGAGGUGGCAUCGUCCCGUUCGAGUGACUCGAGCAACGAAAACAGUAUCCUGAACGAUAUGAACAAUUACGAAAUUUCAGGCAACAUCAAGCUGUACGAGGUGCUCAACGUCGUCGAACAGGAGCAGUCCGGCGAGGAGCAGAUCGUGGAGCCGGUAGUCGGCAGUAGUAGCAGCAGCAUCGGCGGUAGUAGCGUGAAGCGUCGUAACAGUGCCAAACAACAGCCAGUGACAGCGCCAGCGCCGACGACAGCGCCAGCGGGGGUGGCUCAAGAAUCGCCCGACGGCCGAUCGAAGGAGUCGGAAGGAGCCACGUCUAGCGGUGGGCCACCCGCCGGCGGAAAUGCGGCAGAUCACAGCACGGUGAUAGAUAAGGCGGUUGCACACGGGCAACAUAAACCGGGCCGUCAGCAGCAGCACCACCAUCAGGCCGGUGGAUCGCAGCCGAAUGAACCGAAACAUCACCAACAGCAGCAGCAGCAGGUGUUUUCGAACCUCAAGCCCUCGGAAGACGCCUGGGAUAUACUGUUUGCCCGGGCGGAAGGACUGCACGCCCACGGGCACGGUCGGGAAGCGUGCACGCUCGGCGUCCGGUUGGCCGAAGAGAUGCUGGCCAACCCGCCGAACCUGAUGAUUGAUCUGCCGCCACCGCCGAAGAAGAAGGGCAAGAAGCAUAACAUCAAUCCGAUCUCGCACCAGCUGAGCGUGCUGGCGUCGGCCACCCUGUCCAAGUGUGCCUUUCUCUGUACGGUGCUGGCUGAAAACUCCGAGCACUACCACCUAGCGUUCCGGGUGUGCAUCUUUGGAUUGGAGAUGUGCCGACCGCCGGCCAGCACCAAGCCGCUCGAGGUGAAGCUGGCCAACCAGGAGUCCGACCUACUGGCCCUGCUGAAGCGCAUCCCGCUCGGCAGCGCCGAGCUGCGCAAGAUUCGCGAGCGCGCCGAGCAACUGCGCGACGGCACGCUGAAGUCACGCGGCGAAGCUCUGCUGCCGAUCAUGCUGGCGAGCUUCAUCUUCGACGCGCUCGUGAUGCCGUCGGUGGUGGGGCGCGAGAACCGCAUGAAGGUGAUGAGUAGCCCGUACCGGUUGCCGACCGACGAGAACUGGGGCUUCGAGGCGGCGGUCGCUUCGCUCGGCCUGAAGGCGAACGUGUCGGAGGCCGAACACCCGCUGCUGUGCGAGGGCACCCGCCGACAGCGCGGUGAUCUCGCGCUCACGCUGCUUGCCUACUACAAGGACGAGCCGCGCAAAAUCUGUCGCAUCAUGGAAAAGCUACUGGACCGGGAGAUUCAUGUGCUCAUCAAGACACCGCUGCUACCGUCGUACUACUCGAACAAUCCUCCCACGCGCAGCCAAACGUCGCAGUUGCUGCGACUCGACGAGUUCGAAGGUGGUUCCGGUGGCGGCGGUGGCAGCAGCAGUCACAACCACAACGGUAACGGCGGCGGUCACCAGCUGCAACAGCAGCAGCAACAGUUCUCUGCUCGUGGUGGUGGAAGCAGCAGCAGUGUCGGCAGUACAGAGGCUGGCCUGGCCGGCACCCAUCAUGUGGGGCCGGGGCAAGCAGAUUUUGCACUGGUCAACAGCCGCCCGCAAAGCAGCACGAGUGCCGAGGCGGCCGAACUCAAUAUCGUAGGGCUCAGCAUUAGUGGCGGUGGUGCAGCUGCAAGUAGUGGCGGCGGCGGCACAAGUGCUCCCACUCUGUCUGCAACCGGAAACACCACCGCGUACGGCAUGAUGGGUCAAACGGGAAAAACCACCAGCAGCCCUUCGGCCGCCAACACAACGACAACGACGACGACGUCGUCUUCCGCCGCCGCCACGACGACGUCGGCCGUGACGACGACCCGCUCGAAGGACUCGCGGUACAAGGGCAAACGGGCGUACCCGUCGAUCCCGAACCAGCCGUCCGAGGCCAGCGCACACUUUAUGUUCGAGCUCGCGAAGAACGUGCUGACGAAGGCGGGCGGUACCUCGUCGACGUCGCUGUUCACGCAGGCCACCACCAACCAAAACCAUCAGGGGCCGCACCGGGGCUUGCACAUGUGCGCCUUCCAGCUGGGGCUGUACGCGCUCGGGCUGCACAACUGCGUCAGCUCGAACUGGUUGUCGCGCACGUACUCGUCGCACGUCUCGUGGAUCAUCGGGCAGGCGAUGGACAUCGGGGCGCCGGCCAUCUCCUUCCUGAUCGACACCUGGGAGGGCCACCUGACGCCACCGGAAGCGGCUGGCAUGGCUGACCGGGCGUCGUCGCGUGGCUGGGACAGCAACAUGGUGAACCCGGCGGCCGAGCUGGCCCUCUCGGUGCUGCCACACGCGGCCGCCCUCAACCCGAACGAGAUCCAGCGCGCGAUCCUGCAGUGCAAGGAGCAGAGCGACCGGAUGCUGGAGCGCGCCUGCCUCACGGUCGAGAACGCCGCCAAAGGUGGGGGCGUGUACCCGGAGGUGCUGUUUCAGGUGUCCCGCUACUGGUACGAGCUGUUCCUGCGCAACACACCGGGCGGCGAGCUGGAACCGGCCUCGGAGGAGCACCAGCACCACGAACAGUACGGCCACAGCUUCCUGUCGCUGCUGGACGUGAACGAGCUGGCGGCGGCGGCCGGUGCUGGCCAGCAGUCGCUAGGGGGAGGAGGCGCAGGAAGCGGUGGCGGUGGUGGUGGUGGUGGUGGUGGGGUGCUGUCGGGAGGAGCUGGUCUCCAGCCGCAACAGCCGCAGCAGCAGCAGCAGCAGCAGCCGGUGGUGGUGAGCGCAACGCCACCGCAACCAUUCCAACCGGUGACCACUCUCGCCCCGAUCGCCCUAUCCCCGUAUGGGUAUAGUUUUCCUUGCCAGAGCGCAAUCUACCACCAGAACCUGCCGUAUCCGCACCCGGCCGCUGCAGCCAUGCAGAUGUACAUCACGACACCGCCCCAGUUCCAGUACCCGCCGCCACCGCCACCUCCGGGACACGCCGGUCAGCCGACGGCUCCGCCGGGGCAGCCUGGGCAGCCCGGGGGGCAACAGCCGGGGCAACAGCAGCAACAACCACCGCCACCGUUGGUCGGCGGCUAUCAGCAGCCCCCGCUCGGGGCGGCCGCCGCCGCCGCUGCCGCUUAUCAGUCGAUGCAGGGCGCGUUGGUGGGGGCACCACCGCAGAGUUACGGCACACCACCCCAGUACCCGGUGCCGGUGGGAGGGCCACCGACAAACGCUGCCGGCAAGAUGGCGCAGCCUAACCUGCAGCAGUUCUACGGCGCGGCAACGCCCGGUGGAGUUGCCGGUGGUCCACCGGUACCAUCGCAGCUGGCUCAACAGUUGCCAACCGUGGCAGCGCCCGGUUCCGGCUCACCGUAUGCAACGUACAGUGGCGGCACGGGACCGCAGCAGCAGCAGCAACAACAGCAACAGCAACAGCACCUGUUGCCCGCCAUCGGGAACGCUGGAUCGUCGGGUGGCGGUGGUCCCGGUAGGCCUCGUCAUCCGCCCCAGUUCACCCCCACGCAGCUGCGCUACCUGCUGGCGGCCUACAACGCUGGCAUGCUCGCGCUCGAGACGCUCGCCCGGCGCGUGCACGACGACCGACCGCAGGCCAAGUACGCCCGGAACCCGCCGUACGGCGAGGACGUCAAGUGGUUGCUCGGCAUUUCGAAGAAUCUCGGCACGCAGUACCUGCACCAGUUUUGCAUCUGCGUCGUCAACUCGAUCGUCAGCCCGUUCGUGCUGCACGAGGUGGCGCUCGAAUCGGCCCGCUACCUGGCCCGCAACAAUCCCGCGCUCGUGAUGCACCAUCUCCGGGCCGCGCUUACGCCCCUGAUGAACAAGUGCCAGAACAUGUAUUUCCAAUGCAUUCACCAGAAGCUAUAUCAUUUAACGGUGCCGGAUUACGAGGACUUUACCAGCACGAUCCUGUCGGCGCGCAACGCGUUCACGAUCACGCCCGAAGGCACCGCACAAUUCAAAGACUGGUUGCAGUCGAUCAAACGCUCAAAAUCGUGUAAGAAAGAAUUGUGGACGCAAAUCAAUGCUGCCCUGAACUCAAAAUGA